AUGUUCCCGGCGGCACUUCUUGCAGCGGCUCAAAGUGUUGGAGAUUUACACCGCUUCAGUCUUCCACACACUUUUGACCCAACAGACCCCUGCAUGGUGGUGACACCGCCAUGUAUGAGCGAGGCGGACCGCUACAGCCUGGAGGCCCUGAGGAACAUCCAUCAGAUGAUGGAUGAUGACCAUGAUGGAGGCAUAGAGGUGGAAGAGAGUGUCGAGUUCAUAAUUGAGGAUAUGAAACAGCAGCAGACCAACAAACACAGCAAUCUGCACAGGGAGGAUCAGCACAUCACAGUGGAGGAACUGUGGAGAGGCUGGAAGUCUUCCCAAGUACAUAACUGGACACAGGAAGAAGUUCUGCGCUGGUUGAAAGACUUUGUGGAGCUGCCGCAGUAUGAGAAGAACUUUAAAGAGUUUAAGGUCACUGGAAACACACUCCCGAGGAUUGCAGCAAAUGAGCCGGCCUUCUUGAGUGGCCACCUCAAAGUCCAGGACCAGAGGGAUAAGCAGAAGCUCAACAUAAAAGCACUUGAUGUGGUGCUCUUUGGGCCGCCGACACGACCUCAUAACUACAUGAAAGAUCUACUGCUUAUUGUGUCCUUUGUCAUGGGAAUUGGUGGUUGCUGGUUUGCCCAAACCCAGAAUAAAAUCAGCAAAGUCCACAUUGCUAGGAUGAUGAAGGAUCUGGAGAGUCUUCAAAGUGCAGAGCAAAGCCUUACGGAGCUGCAGGAACAACUAGAGCGUGCUCAGGAGGAGAAGCGCAGUGUGGCAGAGGAGAAGCAGACUCUCGAGGAGAAGAUGAGGGAUGAGAUCAUGGGAGCUCAUGAGGAAGCACACCGCCUGCACAAGCUGCGCCAAGGAGCCGUCAAUGAACUCAGCCGCCUGAGAUAUGCCGAAGAAGAACUGGAGCAGGUUCGUGAGGUCCUAAAGCAGGCGGAGAAGGACAUGAAGGCCAGUUGGACAGCCACUGAGGCUCUGCAGCACUGGCUGCAGCUCACACAUGAAGUAGAGGUUCAGUACUACAACAUCAAAAAGCAGAGUGCUGAAUCCCAGCUUGCAACAGCCAAAGAAGAAGCAGAAAGAAUCAAGAAGAAAAGAAGCUCUGUGCUGGGCACUCUGCAUGUGGCCCACAGUUCAUCUCUGGACCAAGUUGACCAAAAGAUUCUGGAGGCAAAAAAUGCUUUAUCUGAAGUAACUGCCUGCUUACGAGAGCGGCUCCAUCGCUGGCAGCAGAUCGAGCGCCUGUGUGGCUUUCCAAUCAUGAGGAAUGUAGGCCUGACAACCCUGACUGCUCUGCUCUACUCCGACCCAACAACGUAUGGUCUGCAUCGAGUUUCCCAGUCUGGAUGCAUGUACCACAGUGCUGUCCAUGGAUCUAUUGAGGAUCUUCUGGAGGAGACUCCUAUGAUUCAGCAGCUGCCAGUCCCAGUGGCACCAAUGAAGUGCUCUCCUCAACUGCGCACCUCUCGAGUGUCUCGCAGCCGCCGCUCUGGUGUUGUCACACAACCCCCAGUGUCAACGAUUUCGUCUGACCCCGACCUCCUCAUUCCCAUCCGUGCCCCAUAUCCAUGCUAUGAUGAAGAUGAAGUAAUUCUGCGCCACACAUUGAAAAAGCAAGAUUCCCAGGAAAAGUAUGGUGACGAAGCCUUCACAUCACAUUCAGCUAGCAAACUGUAUCCAGGGACUCCCCUUGAUAUCCCUCAUCGAAAACAUUACCCAGAUGAAUCUGAGCUAUCAGCAGAUAUGUCUCCGUCCAAAGGUGAUUUAGAUGGUAAGAAAGUGGGCUUGGACAAAAUGAUCGACAUGCAUCGUAACCAAACAAGACGAGUUUCCAGAGAAGAACUCGAGUAUCCUCCAGAGAUGGGUUCCAUUCGCAUGAUUCCUCGAGAGAUACCUGCAGAUGCGUGUUAUCCAGAUGAACGACCAGAAUAUGCCUAUGAGCAGAUGAGCCAAAGGAUGUUUAGGGAGGACCAUGACAUGUCUGCCCCCUCUAUAAGAAGAAGGAUACCAAGAAUGAUGGACAGGUCAACGGAUAUACCCACGAGAAAAAUGGCCGGUGAAAGAACUGAUGAAUUUCCUGAACAUCUGCAAAUGAGAGAAGACUUAGAAGAGUCAAGCGCAGAGAGUAUCAGUCAGCCAGAUAUCACAGCAACGUUCCAGGUGCCAUGGAUUCCUUGCUCUGAAACUUGCCAUGUGGGUCCACUGAGCCAGCUGGUCUACGAUGGGAUUUUAGAGAAGUCCUGUCAUUCCAUGGGCACCGGAGCAGCUGGUUUGUCGGCCUCCACUCCCAACCUGCGGCAGAGUGGUGUGACUCGGGAAGAGUCCACGGUCUUGCCCACACAGGCCAUACAUCCAGCCUGUGACGUGUGCCAUGAGCCAGUAGAGGAAAAGAAGGACAAAGACAAAGGAAGGAAGACUUUAAAGCUAAAAAAUCUCUUCAAAAAGAAACGCGAGUCAAGUCCAGAAAAGUCUCAAAGUGGUCUGCAGAAGCUUUGA